AUUCAAUUGGGCAGGCGGGGCACUAUUCAUUGUGCAUUCAUUGAAUGACAAUACUUCAUCCAGUCCUCGAAUUUACCUGCAGACUGCCUGGAAGAAGCCCCUGGAGCUGGCAGGCCGCAGUUCAUCACAGGAAAUCGAACAACAACAGAACAGCAACACAGGCUUCAUAGCCCUAGAUAUUCCUGUUCACGCCCACAAAGAACUUUGAAAUGGCUUGCCACCGAAUGGCAGCACAGGAAGCCCGGGCGUCAAACUCCAAUUAUAAAACGAUCAAGGAUGUGUUGACGAUAUCCCCACCUUAUCUUAUCACUCUAUGAGCAGAUACGCAGGAAUCGUACAUCGCUCCCCGGAUCAACAACUCUUGCAUUUGCCGCUUCAAGAGGUCGACGUUAGAGUAUGGGUGGUUGAUGUAUCUGCGAGGGUUGUGCUCUCGCAAGUGUUUGAGAAUGUGUCAGACAGCCCCACCAGCCGGGCCAAAUAUGUAUUCCCUCUUCCAGCGAGCGCUGCAGCUUGUGCUUUUGAACUUGAGCAUGCUGAUGGUCGUAUUGUUGGUGUAGCGAAGGAGAAGUCAGAUGCUGCACAGGCUUUCCAGAGUGCAUUGGAUGCUGGAAAGACUGCAGGGCUUGUAGAAUUGGUGACGGACGACAUAUUUACGAUCUCAAUUGGCUCCAUUCCCGCCCGGCAGAAGGUCACAGCAAGAUUGACUUUUGUCAUGGAUCUUUUGGAUGAAGGAAGACAGGACCAUGUCCGUCUACAGCUUCCAAUGGCCAUUGCGGAACGAUACGGCGAGAAACCUGCAGCCAUGCUCGAUGCGUCCACAGCUAAUGAAAAGACGUUUGUUAAAAUCGCUGUGGACGUUCAAACCAGUGGGAAGAUCGAGGAGAUACGCAGUCCUACUCACCCGACAAUUACUUACAAGCGCUACAAGUCGCGCACGGGAAGAAAAUCUGAACGACGGAUGGCCGUAGCUUGGUCGUCUCCGACGUUCCUCGACGGAGACUUUGUAUUGACAGUGCAUGCUCUUGGACUCGACGAGCCUCGGUGUUUCGCUGAACAGCGUGGCGGUGAUACCAUUGCUAUGCAGCUCUUAUUCAUACCGAAGUUCAAGAUGCCUCCCGUCACUUCGCAAGAGUACAUAUUCGUGAUUGAUCGCAGCGGAAGCAUGAAGGGAGCCCCAAUGGAGACUGCUAAGCGCACGCUGGAGAUGCUUCUUCACCUAUUGCCGGAUUCACAAACGACUUUCAAUAUUUUCAGCUUUGGGGCCAAGGUUGACGGUCUGUGGGGGAAAAGUGUACCAUUUGAUCAGCCGGGAAUGCAGCGUGCGAUUUCGAAUGUACAAGCCAUGCAAGCAAACUACGGGGGGACAGAAAUUGCAAGAGCCCUGCAGUUCGCUAUUGCGUCACGUGACUGCGACCGCCCGACUGCUAUGUUCGUCCUCACUGACGGGAAUAUAUAUCCUUCAAGUCAAGACCCAUUCGCGGUUGUCUCCAAGGCUGUGAAGAGCUCCAAGCCCAAUGCACUAUUGAGAGUAUUCACUCUUGGGAUCGGCGAACAUGUCUCAUCGGACAUGUGUGAGGGCAUUGCUCGUGAGGGUGGAGGUGAAUGUCUGUUCGCUGUUCGAACCGAGGACAUCACAGGGAAGUGUGCGAGGCUCCUGAACGCUGGCCGGACACGCGAGAUUGAGCAUGUCACAGUUGAUUGGCACGGUUCUGGGAGCCCGCCAGCUGUCAACUUCACGCCCUUGAAUCACCAUCACCCCCUGCCGCCCAGCAUCGUACAGCUAGAGCUUCCACCUCCGAUACAGCAGGCCCCGCAUACAAUCACGAAGAUAUUCCCUGGAAUUCGCUUCAAUGUCUUCGCGAUCACAACUUUUAGAUCGAUUCCUCGCGAAGUCAGGUUGCGUGCCAAGGUUAAAGACUUGGAAAAGGAGCUCGAGCUCGUGGUACCUGUCACAGCAGUGAAACCAUUUAAAGACGAGCGGUCGUCCAUUCCACUCCUGCAUACCUUAGCUGCACGAGAACUCAUAAAGCACUUGGGAGGUUCGGAGGGUCGGGCGCUCCUUCCCAAACCCAUCGCGCCUGCUUCAGAUGAGGACAUUCGAAAAGCGGCGAUCGUCCGCUUAGGACUUGAGUACCAGCUUGUCAGCCAGCACACAUCCUUUGUUGCUGUAGAGUCUGGACGGGAGGCAGCUAGGAGCGGGCUGCAUCGGUCAACGUCGGGGCAAAAGUCUCGGUGGCAACAGGGCUACGUUAACGUCACUGCUGAUGGUGCUGACGGGGGUGCUGCUGAUGGGGGUGAUCCAGGAACAGUUGUCCCCGCCCUGCAGACUGUUUGGGACAGCUUGUCUCAGGCGGUUUCUGCAGCGUACAAUUUCUUCUUCUCAGAUCCUCCCCCGACCACCCGAAGCCGCCAGAAGUCACUCCCUGGAAUACAUUAUUCCACUGUACAAGCCCGCUCGGGCUCGCCAUCCAUUCAGAGUGAACGUUCAUUUCGACACUACAACUCGUGCACGGACACAUUCUCUACAUUGAGUUCAUAUAGAGGCUCUCCAUCUAGCUCUCGAUGGUCAUAUUCUAGGCCGCCUAGCCCCGUACCUCCGCCGGAAGAUCCAAUCAAGCGCGUGCCAUCGCCAGUCUUUGAUUUGGUCCCACCAGAGGCACAACAAUCAGGACAUGCAGCACCUCCACUCAUGCCCGCCCCUCAUUCACCACUUGAGCUUAAAAAGGCACAUGAUAUCAUCUCACUGCAGAGCUUCGAUGGCUCGUUUACGCCAUCGCUUCGAUUGGGGAUGCUUGUGGGCGUGGAAAUGUUGACCAAUGCAGCGAGCCAGCAGGUCGACGCGAAUAUAUGGGCGACUGCGGUUGUUGUGGCGUACCUGAAGCAUCAUCUGGCUGCGCAACCAGAUUUGUUGGAAGCACUGCUGAACAAGGCUCUGGAUUAUGUUGAUGGAAAGGGUGCGAAUUUGCUGAACGGACGUGAUUUUUGGGGCUUGGUGAACAUCGCGAAGCAAUCUAUGAAUUCGGGAUGAGUUUGUCGAGGUGCUACGUGUAGUGGUAUGGUUAUUUCUUUUGUAAUUUUUUUUCAUUGAGACCCGAUCGCAUGGGCGCUGUUUUUUGAGUUGGAAGAGUCUCCGCUUGUAGCAGCUGGUACCUCGAUUUUGUAUGAUAUUAAAAUUUAUGGA